AUGAAGUUUGGGAAAGAAUUCAAGACCCACCUGGAAGAAACCCUUCCUGGGUGGAGAGACAAGUUUCUCUGUUACAAGCCUCUCAAGAAACUCCUCAAACAAUUGCCUCCAACCGUUGAUUCGCUCAACCUCGAUCACCCCAUUAGUUUUCAACUCCAUCGACGACCUCCUCCACUCACUCUUAAUGAUGAUGAUGAUGAUGCUAAUACUAAUAGGCCUUUGGUGGAUUUACAAGAAUGGUUUGUUAGAAUUCUCAAUGAAGAGCUUGACAAGUUCAAUGAUUUCUAUGUUGAUAAAGAAGAAGACUUUGUUAUACGCCUUCAGGAGCUGAAAGAAAGAAUUGAAAGUCUAAAGGAAAAGAGCAGCAAGGAUGGAGUUUUUACAUCAGAGAGUGAAUUUAGUGAAGAAAUGAUGGAUAUUCGUAAAGACCUGGUCACCAUUCAUGGAGAGAUGGUGCUUUUAAAAAAUUAUAGCUCCUUAAAUUUUGCAGGGUUAGUUAAGAUUUUGAAGAAGUAUGAUAAACGAACAGGAGGAUUGUUGCGCCUACCUUUCACCCAACUUGCCCUUCAUCAGCCUUUCUUCACAACAGAACCACUAACAAGGUUGGUCCGUGAAUGCGAGGAUAAUCUCGAGCUCCUUUUUCCAUUGGAGGCAGAAGUCGUUGAAUCGACCAACAUCGUACAUGAUCAGUCAAAUCCAUCAUCAAGUGAGACAGUAAACACCUCACCUGAGCCAUCAUCAACUCUUGGGGAGGAAACCGUUGACAUAUAUCGCAGCACUCUUGCUGCCAUGAAAGCAAUACGAGGUCUUCAAAAAGCAAGCUCCACCUCUAAUCCGCUCUCAUUUUCAUCUUUUUUCAAGAGCCAGGAUGACGAAAGCAUUGGUGCUGUAACAGCUGCAAACUCAACUUCGAACUCUUCAGCCACAAUGCAGGAUGGAGAGGAGAUUGAUCAAGAAGAUGUGCAUUCUGUCUAA